AUGUCAUCUAUCCGUGCAAUUCUCACACCUCAGCUCCGAGCUACUAUCCGACCUAGAUAUUUCCGCCUACAACAGAGUCCCAUUCGGUUCCAAAUCGCUGCCAUGUCCGCGGUCUCAGACGUCAUUGUCAAGGACCACCGUGAGCUGAAGGACUACUACAAUGAAGUAGUCAACUCCACCGACCAUGACCACCAGCAGCGCUUCGGCAACCAAUUUGUCUGGGAGCUUGCGCGCCAUUCAGUUGGCGAGGAACUCGUUAUUUACCCGGCGAUGGAGAAAUACAUGGGCGACAAGGGCAAACAAUUAGCAGAUGAGGAUCGCCAGGAGCACCACCAUGUCAAAGAGUUACUAAAAGUCUUUCAAAACCUAAAGUCCCAAGACCCGGAGUACAUACCCAAGCUGAAAGAAAUCUGGGGUUUGUUGGAGAAGCACAUCGAGGAGGAAGAGAAGCGCGAUCUACCGGCGCUUGAACAAGCGCUCAAGACACAAGCCCAAGAAAGCGAAUCUCUAGCGACUUCAUUUGCGAGGACGAAGCAGUUCGUGCCGACGCGGAGCCAUCCCAGUGCGGGAGAGAAGCCACCGUUUGAAACGGUCAUGGGUCUCAUGGCGGCGCCUAUCGAUAAGCUUGCGGAUAUGUUCCGCAAGUUCCCUAGCAAAAGCCAAUUGUAA